CAGCACCCACGCUAUGCCGCAGAGCCUCAUGAAUGACUCCACAUUAACUUGGGCUGAAUGCUAGCGGUCACGGUCCGAAGACGGACGACCAGCUCAAACGAGGUGGAUCCCACUUACGCAUCCACCAGAUUAAGCCGGGCUGUCGGUGUUGGUGGUGGUGGUGACAUACCUGCAUUGACGCGCGCACAUGCGUGGAGGUUCCGGGCAGUGCAAGGACAAGUGAGCAUUGUUCGUUUUAAUAAGCAGGCUGACACUACUGAUCCUUCUACGCGAUUGCAUGUGCGAUAGGUUGUGCGAUGCUGCACGGCCAUGUGGGUCGUGACUGCUGCCCAUGCAAUCGCACUUCGCCUCUUGUCGGAUGAUGGACACCACGAAGCGCUUAGCGCGUCUGCACACAUCCUCACUGUGCGCUUUAACGUGACAGGCGUGACAGGGUCAACCACUCCGUCUCAGCACGUCUAUGGCGCAAAUGGCGUCUGCAUUCGUCACCAGCUACUUGAAAGGGCAGCGUUACUGCAGCUCAUCUGCAGGUUGUCAACUUCCCCGCCGUCUACGGCGUUGCGUGGUUGCGGGACGAGAGAAGGAUUGUGCACUAUGGUGAUGGUUCAGCCUCAUGAACCACGCGAGCAUUGCUGCUUCUCCGGCAGGGAUCAAUUUGCAAUUCUGUGGGAGCUCCUUUUCGGCUUUGGGAAGAUACUAUUUUGUUCGAUUGGCAGAGUGUCGCGUGUCCAACGCGUAUCACACAUAGUGCGGACCUGGAUUUGAUCCAAUCCAGCACGCAGACGCUCGAGCUCUGCUCUGAUUGCGUGGCGUAGCUCAAGGUUGUAAGGGCCGCCGGCCGGAUCGUUGCUUUGAUCCCACAUCUUCUCCGCACUUCGCGCGGUCACCACGCAGGCAUCCUUGUCGAUCCCGCGCUCUCCAGGCGUGCGAUUCAUUGGAGUCAGUUCGCAUUUACCCUCGCCAUUCG